AUGGAUCUUUCAAAGCUUACUCAAAAGAAACUUGACGUCUCUCGUGGUUUCACAUACAGCUAUUACACCUUCCCCGCACAGGGCUCCAAGCCUACCCUCAUCCUCUUCCACGGUUGGCCCGACACUGCACGGCUCUGGGCCGGCCUCAUCAAUAAUUUCCUUGUCCCGUAUGGCUAUGGGGUUGUUGCUCUAGACUGCUUGGGCUACGGCGGAACCUCCAAACCUACUGAUGUCGCCUCGUACGCAUACCAACACAUGACGGCCGACAUCACCGAGAUUCUUGACGCAGAAAAACUGUCUACCGUCAUCUCUGUGGGCCAUGACUGGGGCAGUGUCCUUGCUCAGCGGUUGUACAACCUCUACCCCUCUCGGGUAGCAGGUCUCAUAAUGGUCAACGUCUCUUACAUCCCGCCAAGUCAGAAGUUCGAUCUUGAUGUUGUCAACGAGUUGACAAGGAAGGCCUAUGGCUUUGGCAUAUAUGAGUACUGGAACUUUUUCACUUCGGACGACGCACCCAAGAUCAUGGGGCAGAACCUGGAGUCUGUGUAUAGCGUGGCAUUUGGGGACCCCUAUACUUGGCUCGCGAACUGGUGCAGCCCCGGUGGAAUGCGCAAGUUCAUCAACGAUGGUCAGACUCAACCCACUCUUCCUUACGCUACCUCUGAGCACAAGGAAGAUUUCAUGGACCGGUUUGGGAAGCCACCUGGUUUUGAGGCACCUAGCUGCUGGUAUAAGGCAUUCCUGGUUCCCGAGCAGAGCGAAGCCGAUUAUUUGCUGGUCUCUGAAGACGCAAAAGUAGUCAAUGUGCCGGCCUUCUUUUGGGGUGGGGAGCAGGACUUUGUAUGCAGAACAGCGGCACUGCAACCCAACAUUGAUGCAGGAUAUUUGCCAAAGGUCAAGGGUGUAACGAGAGAAGGGGGUCACUGGGCACUCCUUGAGAAUCCGGCGGAGUUCGGCCAAGAUGUCCUGGACUGGCUGGAGGAGACUUUCCACUGA